AGUUAAACUCUGAUGGCAACUUCAAAAUCCAGUUUCCUCUUCCUAGUUUUCUUGGUUAGCAAUGGAAUAACACUCAGCUUAAGUGUCACAUGCCAGCCAAAAGAAGCUGCGUUAUUUGUAUUUGGAGAUUCAAUAUUUGAUGCUGGAAACAAUAAUUACAUCAAUACCACUGCUGAUAACUACGCAAAUUUCUUUCCAUACGGGGAAACCUUCUUCAACUAUUCAACAGGCAGAUUUUCUGAUGGUCGCAUCAUUCCAGAUUUCGUAGCUGAGUAUGCUAAGUUGCCUCUAAUCCAACCCUAUCUGUUCCCUGGUAAUCAACGAUACGUUGAUGGAGUCAAUUUUGCAUCUGCAGGAGCAGGGGCUUUGGUUGAAACCCAUCAAGGACUGGUGAUAGAUCUUAAAACUCAACUAAGUUACUUCAAUAGAGUCAGCAAGGUGUUGAGGCAGGAAGUGGGAGAUGCAGAAACCACAACCCUGCUGGCCAAAGCUGUCUUCUUGAUUAACAUCGGAAGCAAUGAUUAUGAAAUCUACCUCACACAAAAAUAUAGUGUCAUUACUCCAGAGAAAUAUGUAAAUAUGGUAGUCGGUAAUCUUUCAACAGUGAUAAAGGGGAUACACAAGGCAGGAGGGAGGAAAUUUGGGGUUCUCAAUCAGCCAGCUAUGGGUUGUGUUCCAUUCGUUAAGGCUCUUAUGAAUGAAUCUAAAGGCUGCGUGGAAGAAGCUUCAGCACUAGCCCAACUGCAUAAUAAGGUUCUUUCAGUGGAGCUUGACAAGUUAAAAAAACAACUUACAGAAUUUAAAUAUUCAUACGUGGAUUUCUUUGAUUUAUCAUUAGACCUUAUAAGCAACCCUUCAAAAUAUGGUUUUAAAGAAGGCGAUGUGGCAUGCUGUGGCAGCGGGCCUUACAAUGGAUAUUUCAGCUGUGGAGGGAAAGGAACAUUGAAAGAUUACAACUUGUGUGUGAAUCCUAGCGAGUAUGUGUUCUUUGACUCAGUUCAUCCCUCUGAAAGGGCUCAUCAAUUUAUUUCCCAGUUCAUGUGGAGCGGCAACUCAAGCAUUGCAGGCCCUUACAAUCUUAAAAUUCUAUGUUGUGUGAUUUACAAUGAUGGAAGGAAUGUUGGUGAUCAAAGAUUUGGACUCGCAAUGAAAAUUGAAGUGAAACUCAUGGCAAGUUCAAACUUCAGUUUCUGUUUUCUAGUUUCUUUAGCAACCUAUGGCAUAAGUUGCUGCCUAAGCCUGGGUGAUGUUUGCGAGCCAAAAGAACACGCAGCAUUAUUUGUAUUUGGAGAUUCAUUAUUUGACGUUGGAAACAACAAUUACAUAAAUACUACUUCUAAUUAUCAGGCUAAUUACUCUCCAUAUGGGGAAACCUUCUUCAAGUAUCCAACAGGCAGAUUUUCUGAUGGUCGAGUUCUUCCAGAUUUCAUAGCUGAGUAUGCUAACUUGCCUCUAAUCCCACCCUAUCUAUUCCCUGGUAAUCAUCGAUACGUUGAUGGAGUCAAUUUUGCCUCAGCUGGAGCUAGGGCUUUGGUUCAAACCCAUCAAGGACUGGUGAUAGAUCUAAAAACUCAGCUCAGUUAUUUCAGGAAAGUCAGCAAGGAAUUGAGGCAGCAACUUGGAAAUGCAGAAACCACAGCUCUGCUUGCGAAAGCUGUUUACUUGAUCAACAUUGGAAUCAAUGAUUAUGAAAUUUCCUUGUCAAAAAAUUCAAGUAAUUCACGCACGAAUGAGAAACAAGUAGAGAUGGUAGUUGGUAAUCUUACAUCAGUGAUCAAGGGGAUACACGAGGCAGGAGGAAGGAAAUUUGGUGUUUUUAGCCUGCCAGCUGCGGGUUGUGUUCCAUACGUGAAAGGUCUGGUGAAUGGAUCAAAAGGUUCCUGCGUGGAAGAAGCCUCAGCACUGCCUAAACUACACAACAGUGUGCUUUACCUUGAACUUGGCAAGUUAAAGAAAGAACUAGAAGGAUUUAAAUAUUCAUACGUGGAUUAUUUUACCAUAACUUUUGAUGUUAUAAACAAUCCUUCCAAAUAUGGGUUGAAAGAAGGCGACGUGGCAUGCUGUGGCAGUGGACCCCACAGAGGAUAUUACAGCUGCGGAGGUAGAAGAGAAGUGAAAGAUUACGAGUUAUGUGAGAAUCCAGAAGAAUACGUGUUCUUUGACUCUCUUCAUCCCACCCAAAGUGCUCAACAGAUUGUUUCCCAGCUUGUCUGGAGCGGAAAUCAGAGUAUUGCAAGCCCCUACAAUCUCAGAUCACUCUUUCAACCAUAAUAACCAUCCAAUCUUCUACUCUGUCUAUCCAACAUAUGAAAAAUAAUUUUAAUUUAAUUAAAUAAAUUAUUUCA